AUGCAAAAUCGAGCCGGUAACCACGAAAGAUUAUAUAAUCUCUCUCUCUCUCUCUACCCCUAUCUAUCUAUCUAUCUAUCUGCCUGUCUAAGUCUGAUCAUAUCUAUCUAUCUAUCUAUCUAUCUAUCUAUCUAUCUAUCUAUCUAUCUCACUGAUAACAAUCUUAAGAUGUUCUACGUACAAAAACAAAGGUAUGUUACCACGGCGAGGUGGCUAAUAUUGACAACUACGCAAACUAUCUAUCUAUGUAACUUUCUAUCUCAUUCUCUUCCUUCCUUCCUUCCUUCCUUCCUAUCUAUCUAUCUAUCUAUCUAUCUAUCUAUCUAUCUAUCUUAUCUAUCUAUCUAUCUAUCUAUCUUAUCUAUCUAUCAUUUUAGAUCUGUUCAUCUAUUCCAUCUAUCUAUCUAUCUAUCAUCUAUCUAUCAUCUAUCUAUCUUAACUGACAUCUAUCUACGCAAACUAUCUAUCUAUGUACCUUUCUAUCUAUCUCAUUCAUUCCCAUACCCGGCGAGGUGGCUAAUAUUGACAUCUAUCUAUCUAUCUCAUUCUAUCUAUCUAUCUAUCUAUCUAUCUAUCUAUCUAUCUAUCUAUCUCAGUCUGUUAACAUCUACACUACGGCGAGGUGGCUAA